AUGGAUCUGGGUGAAGGAUCGUCUCGCGCGCCUAUAGACAAGACGAGGGGAGACACUAUCCAACCUGGGAAUACGCUCCUGCUGAAAUUACCUAGCGGAGACAUCAAAACCUGGAAGUUUGAAAAGGAUUCUAUUGCAAAUCUGGGGAAAUAUGGAUCUUUCCAUGCCAAUGAACUGUUGGGCCAACCUUACGGCCUGACGUACGAAAUUGCGGACAAGAAACUCAAAGAGAUGGCAUCCCGCACCUUGCAGGAAGUAGGGGACACUGAUGCCACGAAUGAGCUCAUAAAUGAUGGUCAAUUCGUUCAGCCUCUAACCUCAGAGGAAAUCGAAGCGCUCAAAAAAUCCGGCCUUCACGCAUCUGAAAUCAUAAGAAAACAAAUAGAACAGCACGCGAACUACUCACUCAAGACCGAAUAUAGCAAGGAGAAGUAUAAAAAGCGCAAAGAAGCAAAAUAUUCUAAAUAUUUUACCGUUGUUGAUCCAACCGUGUUCAACGUCUGUGACUACUGGUUCAAUAAGGAUCAGAACAGACUACGCGAUAUUCGCCCAGAUGCGCUGUCACAAAUUCUAAAUCUGGCCAACGUCAGACCAGGUGGCAGAUUCCUUGCCGUUGACGAUGCUUCAGGCGUCAUUGUUGCCGGAAUUCUGGAAAGGCUGGGUGGAUAUGGUCGCCUGAUCACAAUAUGCGACGUAGAUUCCCCACCUGCAUAUCCUGUAACAGCGCAUAUGAAUUUUAGGAAAGAAGUUACAGACGUUCUUUCGUCGUUAAACUGGGCUACCGCUGACGAAGAGUACAUCCCCAUCAGAGCCUCUUCGGAGCCACCGUCUGGGAAAAUCAAGUCGGAUGCACAGAGGUCAAGACUCAACAAGCGGAAGCUCGUCUCGAGUUCGCAGACGCAAACUAGGGAAGAACUGUUCAAUGGGGAAUUCGAUGGCUUGAUCAUAGCCAGUGAAUAUGACCCUAGUUCAAUCUUGGAGAGGCUUGCGCCAUACUUGGCCGGCUCCGCGUCGAUUGUUGUUCACAGUCUCCACGUACAAGUGAUAACAGAUCUACAAAAUAAAUUACGAGACGACCCUCAAUUUUUGGGUCCCACAAUGACAGAAAUGUGGUUACGGCGCUAUCAGGUACUACCGGGGCGUACGCAUCCAAUGAUGAAUAUGUCGGGUUCAGGCGGGUUCAUCCUACAUACUACCAAAAUAUAUGAUGACCCUGCUGCCUCAUCCGUAAUGGCGCAUCGACAGAGGGCGAAGAAGGCAAAAAUUGAGAACGAAAUUUUAACUGAGACAACAUGUGCGAAUUCGACAUCAAGAUCAAAUGUCUCGCCAGGAUCUCAUCCUAUGGCUGACUUUCAAUCUUCAGCCGAGGAUACUGUCGAGGAAGGGGUACCAGAUUUAACUGACCUUGCGUAA